AUCAACUGACUUUUGUAAAACUUUUAUUGAUUGGACAUCCGUAUUUUCAUUAGCCAAUCAAUUAACCUGGUUCAUUUCUGUCUUUGGCGGAAUAUUUGAUAUUUCUACUUUCUGUUCGAAGAGAGGACAAGAGUACCAGAAAUGCUGGAAACUUAGUGCUUUAUAGAAAUCUAAGAACAUAAUACUUUGUAACUCAACAAUCAAACACAUCAGAUAAUGCCGCCCAAGGCAAAGGCAGGCUCUGCUCAAAAGAAAUCCAGAGCUCCAAAAGCACAUAAAUUACCAGACCCAUUUCCAAAAGGAGAAUUACUGAAGGAUUAUGGGAAAAAACAUUGGCGUCUUGGAGAAGUGAUUGGCCAGGGAGGAUUUGGACUUAUAUAUUUAGCUACCCAAGUAGAUGGUGCAAAAGAUGAAACUUAUGUUGUUAAAAUUGAACCGAUAGCUAAUGGACCAUUGUUCUGUGAACUCCAUGUGUAUCAGAGAGUAGCUAAACCAGAAAUGGUUGAUGAAUGGUGUAAAGCAAAAAAGAUGAAAUAUUUAGGUGUACCUAAGUAUAUCAGCAGUGGAACACAUACACGAGGGAAAGAGACAUUUAGGUUUAUGGUGAUGGAAAGAUUUGGUACAGAUAUACAAAAAAUAUUUGAAAAGAGUGGAAAGACAUUUUCCAGGCAUACUGUGUGUGCAUUGGCUCUUAGAUUGUUAGAUACAUUAGAAUAUUUACAUAAUAAAGGUUACGCACAUGCUGAUAUAAAAGCUGCUAAUUUACUGACAGGCUUCAGUCAUGGAAAAGAACAACCAAACCAGGUAUAUCUAGUAGAUUUUGGAUUAGCAUAUAAAUUUUACUGUGAUGGUGUUCAUAAAGAAUAUAAAGAGGAUCCUAAACGAUGCCAUGAUGGCACAGUAGAAUUCACAAGUACAGAUGCUCACAAAGGAGUAGCUGCAUCUAGAAGAGGUGAUAUGGAGAUCUUAGGAUUCUGUUUGUUACAGUGGCUAUGUUCACGACUUCCCUGGGAGAAUAAUUUAGAAAAUAAAGAUUAUGUUAGAGAUUCCAAAAUAAAAUAUAUGAAAGAUAUACCAGGUUUGAUAAAGGCAUGUUUUCCUUCUGGUUCCCAUCCAGAUGAAAUAUCUAAAUACUUAAUAUAUGUAUCAAAAAUGAAAUAUGAAGAUGUUCCAGACUACAAUAAACUCAGAAGUAUAUUUUGGGGAGGAAUUUCUGGGAAAGAUGAAUGGAAAAUAGAUUUACCACUCAGUGUAGCAAGCUCAUCAAAGAAGACAGCACAAAAGAGAAAGAGUGCAGAAGAACCAUUUUCUCCAGCUGAGAAAAAAGUAAAAUCUGCAGCAAAAGUUUCCAAAAAAGAUAAGGAAUCUACUCCAAAGCCGAAAGCUGUUAAAAAGACAGUGAAAAAUAUAAAAUCACCUUCUGCUAGCACACCAAGACAAAUUAAAUCACCUGCUGCUAGCACUCCAAGACAAAUUAAAUCACCUGUCAAUACUCCCAAACAUAUUACAUCUCCUAGAGCCACUGUGUCAAAGGUUGCCACACCAAGAGUUCCUGGAAAACCUGCUUCUAGACAUGGAACGCCAAAAUUAACACUUGCAGGAAGAAAAAGGUCAAGAUCUAGGUCACCAGCACCAGCAUCAAAAGUAAAGAAAGGUAGUCCCAAAAAGAGUACUAAAAGAAGGGUAAAGAGACGAAAAGCCGUUCAAACAUCAGAUGCGUCUAUGCAGACAUCACCAGGAUUUUCCUCAGGGUCUGGUUGACUUCACAAGGGACCAAUUUUAACAACUUGCAACUAAAUGUUUGUUAACUUUAUAUUUGAAAGAACAUUUAGAAGACACUAGAUAAGUCAGAGUAUCAUUAUAGUAAUGCUUGUUGAGUUAAGUCACUCAGGGGGACACUAUUUGACCAAUUCUUCAGUGAUUUAGGUAGUCAAUUCUUACAAAAUUUCCUUAGAAGCUGACUAAAUUGAUUAUCAGAGAGAGGUUGAGUAAAUGUGUCUAGUUCAAUCACUGCUUCUAAUGUUAUAUUCAGUAAAUGUAUCUUUGACUUGCAAAAAUAACUAGCUAUUAUGCAUGUAAAAUAAAUGUGGGUGGAAUUUUCAUACUUGGACAUGAAUCAGAAUGGUUAGUCAUUAAUGAUGUAUUUCUGUUUGAUGUAUGCAAUAUUACCCAUAGAAAGUAUGUUGGUUUUUUUUGUAUAUUUUUGUAAUUUCUUCCUACCAUCCUAUUUGACCACCAUAAAUGUUAUGCUUGUAGGCAGUUUUCGACUUAUAAUUGCCAAGAAAUUAUAAUAUUGUUUGCCAUUUUAACAAUAAUUUUAAUAAAUUUGAUCAAUUAUUGGAAAUGAUAAUGGGAAUAUCAACUGAUUCUUAAUAAUAAAAGGAGAAGGUGCAAUAAGAACACUAUUUGGUCCCCAAUACUAAGUGUUUAUUUCGAGAUGAUGUAUUUUGACUGGAAUUUUAGAUAGAUACAGGGACCACAUUGGGCCUUAUCGAACCUACUCUUCAUUUUAAAAUAAUUAAAUUUUGGAUCUAACACGUCUUCUGAUAGGCUGACUUAUUUUGUUAUGAGCCCAUGGACAUAAUUUAGUCAUAUGACUGACGUCAUCAACGUUUUUUCAUAGUUUUCUUAGGUUUAAAAUGGAAUUUAGAAUUAAAUUAUAAGAAAUAACUGUAAUAUUUUAUCUGUCUAUUCGAAAUAACAUAAAAAAAUGUGGUACACACUGUUAAAUAACACGCUACGCGCAUUAUUCAGUGUGUACCAAAUAUUUUUUUGUUAUUUCUUCAUAGGCAGAAAAAAUAUUACAGUCUUUCCAAAAAUAUUUGUCAGAUUGUAAAGAAAAAUGUAAGCUCAAGUUAUGUAUACAUUUUUUUGUAUUUAUAUCUUUGUCUGAUCUUGUCUCACUUCAUCAACUUAUUAUUUUUAUCAUUAAAUCAUUAUCAAAUAUUUGCAUUAUUCAUCUGUAAAAGAAAGAUAAUCCAUCAUCUAAGAUACAUUUUAUAACACUGAAUGUAAACAUAUGAUUUAUACUUGAUGUCAGAUUCAAUUUUCAUUGUUCAUUAUGAAAACAUCAUUGGUUCGUGUGUUUUUGAAUCUGUGAUAACAGUACAGCUUUUGUAUUUUAAAAAAUUAUGGAAAAUAUUCAUUAUCUCAGAAAUCACUUGAUUUAAGAGUGGGAAUAUAAUUUUAAUAGGUUUUCAUUCAUUAAUUGUAAAAUCCUUUUCUUGUACAUAUAUUAAAACCAUACUUAUUUCACACUCAAUAUAAUUAUCUGUAUCAUAAGGCCACAUAAAAUU